AUGAACCUGCUGCUCAGCGACGACUACCUCCUGCAGGACUACCCGGAGAACAUCACCAACACGAUCCGCUCCGGCCACACAACAUGUCUGCGCUUCAACCGCCGCGGCGAUCACCUCGCCUCCGGGCGCGUGGACGGCACCGUCGUCGUCUGGGACCUUGAGACCAUGGGCGUGGCGCGCAAGCUUCGCGGCCAUAGGGCGGCCAUCACGAGUCUGAGCUGGUCUCGAGACGGCCGGUACCUGCUGAGCGCCUGUCAAGGUUGGCGGGCCGUCCUAUGGGACUUGCAGGACGGCACAAGCUACAGAGAAGUACGGUUCAGGGCUCCGGUGUACACAGCAGACCUGAACCCGUGGAAUCACCACCAGUUCGUCGCUUCUGUCUUCGAGCAGGCGCCCUGUCUCGUCGACAUCACGGAGCCCAUCGACGUCAAGUACACGCUCCCGUCAGCACCGAGACGGAACAACGAGGACGCGGACACGGCAACGAAGGAGAAGCACGCCAAGGAAGAUGCAAAACAGAUGACCACGGCUACGGUCUAUUCGGCGACGGGCGAUCACAUACUGGCGGGCACGAACAAGGGGAAGCUAAACAUCAUUGAUGUCAACACGCAGGAUAUCAUAUGGUCGGAGAAGAUCUGCGCUGGGGUGGUGACGACUCUGCGAUUGACGGGCUCGGGGCGAGACCUGCUGGUCAAUUCGCAAGAUCGCAUCAUCAGGACUUUCAACGUCCCCAAUCUGUCGGCUGAGGACCUCAACCCGGACACGAUACAAGUGCCGCUCGAGCACAAGUUUCAAGAUGUCGUCAACAGGCUAUCAUGGAACCACGUCACAUUCAGCGCGACCGGCGAGUACGUCGCGGCGUCUACGUACAACAAUCACGAGAUCUACAUAUGGGAGCGCAAUCACGGGUCCCUGGUGCGCAUGCUGGAGGGGCCCAAGGAGGAACAGGGCACCAUCGAGUGGCACCCGCACCGCGCCGUCCUGGCGGCGUGCGGGCUCGAGACGGGGCGCAUCUACAUCUGGAGCGUGACGAGCCCGCAGAAGUGGUCGGCGCUGGCCCCGGACUUUUCCGAGGUCGAGGAGAACGUCGAGUACGUCGAGAAGGAGGACGAGUUCGACAUCCACCCCCAGGAGGAGAUCAACAAGCGCAGGCUCGACCUCGAGGACGAGGACAUCGACGUGCUCACGAUGGACCCGAGGAGCAAGGCGUACGAUGAAGACGGCGAGGGCUCCGGGUUCAGGAUGCCGGUUCUGUUCGACCUGGGGGCAAGCGAUAGCGAGGAGGAGUUUGUGGCCGUGUCCACCGGUACCGUGCGGCGCCGGAGUAUGGGCGAGGCUGGCGAGGGCGAGGAUGGGGAUGCAGAAGACAAGGCUGCGGCCGGGGGAGGCAAGAAGGCGGCUACUAAGUCCAGGGCUAGGAAAAGAUAG